AUGACACUGCCGCUGGAGGCUAUCCCGCACCCUGUGGAGGCUCCUGAAUGCUCUGCUGACCUGCCAGUGCCUCUGGCCAUGACAUGGACACCACAGAGCACUCUGGAGCAGCUCCACAGUCAGUUCCUGCUGCUCUUGGAGUCCCUGACUGAGUUCUGGGAUGUCCUGGAUGAGAUUGACAGUAAGACCUGGAUUCUGGAGCCGGAGAAACCCAGCCGCUCCGACACCAUGAGGCGGAUCGCCAUCGGAAACAACACAUCCAUCAAGGUGGAGGUGGAUCCCAGACACCCAAAGAUGCUGCCAGAGUGCUGCCUGCUGGGAGCCGAGCAUGUGGUGACUCCGCUGAGGAACAAGCUGAACGCCAACAUGCACCUGUGGAACCCGGACUCCAGCGUCUUGCACAACCUCCGGGAUGUUUUGGAGAUCGAAUUCCCGUCACCUGCCACCCACGAAAAAUCUAGCUUCAGUGUGGAGUGUGGGAUCUGUUACUCCUAUCGUCUUGAAGAUGCGAUCCCUGAUCAGGUGUGCAAUGACCCUCGCUGCGGCCAGCCAUUUCACCAGGCCUGUCUUUACGAGUGGCUGCGAGCGCUCUCCUCCAGCAGGCAGAGCUUCAACAUUGUGUUCGGAGAGUGUCCUUACUGCAGCAAGCCUAUUACGGUGAAAUUGGCCGCCCAGAAGUCCUAAGGAGUGUGUUCCAGUGAUGAAAGACUGGUAGAUCCCUUUAAUGUUUUUCAAAAAGGUUUGAAUUCACGUUGGCAAGCACCAAGAGCAGCACCCAGGAAGAAGAAGACGCCGGCGAAAAAGAACAUGGAGAACCAUCCGUUCCUGCGCGUGGGAGUAGCUUCCUGUUCAGAGUUAUGUGUGUGUUCGUACCCCUGAAUCUGAGACGGGUAACGGUCCUUCUCCUGGAGUUUUAGAGCGGCCCACCCCUGGCUCACACACUCAUGGGUGGGCCGCCCUCCCUCCCAUCUCUCCCCCUGUGCUUCACAGUGUUUCCUCCUGUGAGUUAGGAGUUGUCGUUUCUUUCUCUCCAUCGCGGAAAAGCCGUCUGUUUUUCUGCCCGUAUAUUUCUGUUAAAGAUUAAAGUGUUGGCUUUUUAUAUAGGUGUAAACUUUUUUCUUCAAAACAUCUAAACUAAUAAUUAUUUGUUUUAUUUAACUUGUACAAAUAAACUUCACAGCUAAUCAAAAACACU